AUGGACGCAAAGCCGUUGGCCAUCCCCGAUAUUCGGUUUGAGCAGACAUUCAUGGUCGCUCUUAAGAAAGAGGCAUUGAAGCAGCAUCAGUAUAAAAUACGGAAGCUGAAAGGGUCGCAGGACAUUGUCGUUUCAGAAGAUUUUGGUGAGCCAACAAUUACGACUUUUGUAGUGGCAAAGGUGAUUGUUAGAGAUGUCGUUUUGCUGCCUCUUGUACAUGGAAUGCUGUGGACAGGUUUUCUAAUCAUGAUGAAACCUUGGUUGAAAGCAUGCACUCAAAAUGGGCGGCGCUUGGGUGCAGGCAUAUAUAAUGUGAUUGUUGGGAGAAAUGUAUAUCCAAAGCCGCAGACAAAAAGAAUCUGA